AUGGCGUCCAGGUUUGAAGAUGUUACAGAUUCUGAUGUGGCGGCAUUAAAAGACGCUGCAGAAAACAUGAACACCCGUAAAAGCACAGUUAACUGGUUGAGAGUUUUUGAGAACUGGUGUGAUGAAAAUGCCCUCGACAAAAGCGCUGAGAAGCUUCCUCCUGAACCGCUGGAUAAAGUUUUUGAGCUGUUUUAUGCCUCUGUCCGUAAACAAGACGGAACCGACUACGAACCUGGCUCCUUAAAAGUAAUGCAAGCAGCACUUGACCGCCACCUGAAGGAGAAAGGGUACUCUUUGUCAAUUAUAAAGGACAGAGAAUUUUUGAGUUCUCGAAAAGUGCUAGAGGGAAAGGCGCGGAAGCUGCGAAACGAAGGUAAAGGAAAAUUGCCAAAUAAGUCACGAAGCCUAACAAGAGAGGAAGAAGAAGUGCUGUGGGAAUGCGGACAGCUUGGAAAUUCAUCUUCAAGGUCCCUCCUUUACACAAUGUGGUGGCUCCUGUCGCAGCAUCUUGGUUUACGUGGCUGCCAAGAACACUACACAAUGAAUGUGGAGGAUUUCACGCUUAAUAAAGACGACAACGCUAACGAGUUCAUAACAUUCGCAGAAGGCCCCACAAAAACACGGCAAGGAGGAUUACGACUUCAACCAAGGUCUGUACUACCUAAAGUGUUCGCAACUGGCGACUCACGAUGCCCUGUCGCACUUUUUAAGAGUUACCUGGCCAAGAGGCCUGAAGAUUUAAAGUUAUCUGGCCCUUUUUACUUGGCGUGCAUUGACAACCCCACCAAAACAGCUGUCUGGUACAAGAAAAGCCGAAUGGGUAAAAAUGCUAUUAGUAGAAUCAUGUCAACUAUGAAAGAAAACUCACCCUUACAGGGUGAGGGGUGA